GCUGAAACCUGCAGCAGGCGACAGGCCUUCGACGUUGUGUUACUUCGCGUCCUUCAGCUGGUCGAGCGCUGUUCUCUACGCCUGGAUAGUUCUUCGCAGGUCGAACAAUCGAAGACCCAAGACAUUACCACAGGAAAAGCUACGUAUCAGAGAACGACGACUUCAUCAUACGGCCAGGACAAAUCCAGACCAUGGGCGAGUCACGCCCAACCGCAGAAGAAUACACCGAUGUCAUCGUCGUAGGAGCAGGCCCAGCAGGCUUAAUGGCCAGUCUCAGCCUGUCGGCCUCGAACAUUCCGCAUCAGAUCAUUGACAAGCUCGGCACACGGGCACUGAAUGGACGUGCAGACGGCUUCCACCCCCGAACGCUGGAGAUUUGGGAUAGUUUCGACAUUGCCGACAAAGUAGGAAGCGUCGGCUAUCGCAUAAGUGAAAUAGCUUUCUGGGGACCUCGUCCGGAUGCCGCGGAUGGAAUUGUUCGCCAGCGACGCGACGUCGCUAACGGCGGUGAUAUUCGCCAACAGCGUGGCAUCACUGUUCAUCAGGGAUUCAUCGAAGCUGCUUUGACGGAAGGCAUCAGAGCUCAGAAUGGUCCUUCUGUGCAGAGAGGGGUCAAGCCGAGUGCCCUGUCGCUGGACAACCUGUCAUGCGACGAUCACAGCUCUUAUCCGAUCACGCUCGAGGUAGACCACCUCAAGAAAGAGAAUUUGGAGCUCUGGGGAGGGUUUCCUCAUUCUAUCACGCCUGCUGGUCAGAUCAAGGAAGAACACGGCUGGACUGGUGCUUUUGGUCGGGACUCGGAGGACACUGUACCUCACGUGAGUGGUGUUGAAGGACGCAGAAGAACCAUACGGGCGAAGUACCUCAUAGGCGCCGAUGGCGGGCAUUCGUGGGUCCGUCGCCAGUUCUCUGAUCAUUUCUUCAUGGAGGGAGUUACCAGGAACUCGGUCUUUGGUGUGAUCGACAUCGUUCCCGUGACUGACUUCCCGGACAUUCGCAAAAUUUGCACCAUCAUGUCCGCUCAUGGCUCCGUCCUGCUGAUCCCACGCGAGAACAAUCUGGUGCGACUGUAUAUUCGAUUGCCUCGUACAGAGGAGCAGGACAACGCCAAACAAGUUGCGAGCCUGGAGACCGCCGGCAAGGCUUUCAAGACAGCCAAGAAGAUCUUCCAUCCUCACACCAUCGAAUAUAACUACUGCGACUGGUUCACUGUCUAUACAGUAGGCCAGCGGAUCGCAAAUCACUACUCCUACGCCAAUCGGGUGUUUCUCGCUGGCGACGCUGUCCAUACGCAUACUCCUUCCGGUGGUCAUGGAUGUAACGUGAGUCAGCAAGAUACAUACAACUUGGGUUUCAAGCUCGCUGGCGUGCUGCGAAGCCAGCUCAAUCCAUCCGUUCUGUCGACAUAUGAGAGCGAACGUAGACCAAUAGCUCAAGAGUUGAUUGAUCUUGACACAACGCUGGCCAAGAUCUACACUUCCGACUCUCCUGCGUCAUUCGAAGAGGUCAAACGCAUCUAUGCCAGGGUCAGCGAUCACGGAUCCGGUAUCCACAUCUGCUACGGGUCCAGCCUGCUCGUCGCAGCACCAGAAGCAUGUGACGCUGGUCGAGCCUCCGGUCUCCGACUUGGACAACGCAUGCCCGAUGUAGAGAUCAUCAAUCAUGCCUCAGGAGGUCUAAGCAGUAUGCACGCUCAACUGAAGGCCAAUGGACGGUGGAGAAUGCUCGUUUUCUCAGGGAGCUUGAGUGACGAGCAGAGCAUCAAGCAAGCGAACUCUGCUGGUGAGCAGAUCGCAGAACUCCUGAAAAGCGUUUCCACCACACCGAACAGGGACUCCACCACGAAAGACUUCCAAGUCGUGCUCAUCCAUGCUGGAAAUCCGGCAAGUUUGGAAGCGGGCGCCUUGCACAGCGUCUACUAUCCCUUCAACAAGACUACAGGAUACGACUACAACACCGUCUUCGCGGCAACUUCAGUGGCAGGCGUGGAUGAACGGAAUGUAUACGACAUCUUCGGCAUAGGAAAAGACCCAGGCGCUAUUGUGAUCAUUCGCCCUGAUCAGGUCGUUGGUUGGAUCGGCGGAGUGUCGGACUUGGAUCGUCUUCGGACCUGGUUACACACGUUCAUGGUCGUGCGAGAGUGA